GUUCUGCUAUUGGGAAUGCUGAUGGCAGCGUGGGAGGCGGCGUGGGGGCAGCUCCGCUACUCCGUGCCCGAGGAGAUGCUCAAGGGCUCGUUCGUGGGCGACGUGGCCAAGGACCUGGGGCUGCAGCUCCUGGAACUGAAUGAUCGGGGAGUGCGCAUCCGGAACAAAGGUAGGACGCAGUAUUUCGCUGUGCACGGGAAGACGGGACAUUUAGUGACGGCAGAAAGGAUCGACAGAGAGCAGCUGUGCCGGCUGGUGGAGAAAUGCGUGCUGCGCUGUGAGCUGAUAGUGGAAGGACAGAUGCAGGUUUACGGAAUCGAAGUGGAGAUCACAGAUAUUAACGACAAUGCACCCAGCUUCAGAGAGGCCGAAAAAGAACUGAGACUAAGCGAGACGACAGCCUUGGGGUCUCGGUUUCCCCUCCGAGAAGCACGAGACCCGGAUGCGGGCCGGAAUUCCCUACAGAGCUACGAGCUGAGCGGCGACGAACACUUCUCGCUGGCCGUGCAGGCGGGCCCCAGCGACGAUCAGCGUCCCGAGCUGGUGCUGGCGAAGGCGCUGGACCGGGAGGAGGCGGUGUUUCACGAGCUGGUGCUGAGGGCGAUGGACGGCGGCGAUCCGGCACGGACGGGCACGGCUCGGAUCCGCGUGACGGUGCUGGACGCGAACGACAACGCGCCCGUGUUCAGCCAGGCGGAGUACACGGUGCGUGUGCCCGAGGACGUGCCCGUGGGCUCUGUCCUCGUCACCGUCACGGCCACGGAUGCCGACGAGGGUCUGAACGGGAAGGUGAAAUACAGCCUCCAUAAAAUUUCAGACCAGGCGUCUCAACUUUUCCACCUGGACUCUGACUCAGGAGAAAUAACUGUUAAGGACAACUUGGAUUUCGAAGAAAUGCCGUCCCAUGAACUUGAAGUUCAGGCACAUGACGGAGGAGAUCUCUCUGAUACUGCAAAAAUGGUGAUCACCGUGAUAGACGUCAAUGACAACGUGCCCAAGAUUUCAGUGAGAUCGGCUCUUAACGAGAUCUCGGAGGAUGCCCCUCCGGAAACUGUUGUUGCCCUGCUACAUGUUCAGGAUGGCGACUCGGGAGCAAACGGUGAUGUGCGCUGCUCGCUCGACAAGGACGUCCCGUUCCGUCUGGAGAAAUCCUAUGAUGACUACUACCGUGUGGUGACAGCGAGAGAGCUGGACCGGGAGCAGGUGUCGGAGUACAACGUGACGGUGCGGGCGGCCGACGGCGGGUCGCCGGCGCUGCAGAGCAGCGCGGUGCUGGCGCUGCGGGUGCUGGACGUGAACGACAACGCGCCGGUGUUCGCGGAGGAGCGCUACAGCGCGCGGCUGGCGGAGAACAACGCGGCGGGCGCGCUGGUGCUGAGGGUGCGCGCCACGGACGCGGACUGGGGGCAGAACGCGCGCGUGCGCUACCGGCUGGCGGAGGGGCGGGUCUGCUGCGACACCCUCCCGGCCCGGCCGCCGCCCGACGAGCCCGCGCCGCUGCUCGGGGACCACGAUCCUGCCGGCCGCUCACCGGUGGACCCCUCUGCUCUCCCGGUUUUCUCUUCCUGCCUCUAUCCUUUGAUGGUCUGA